AAGACAAUGUCAAAAAACCACUAUAAUCACCAUUCACCCCCUGUAAACUCCACUAAAAUCCAUGCUUGUCUGGCAUGGUGUUCACAGCACAACACAAAUACCCCAUCCUCACCCAUUCACCAAACAACAAAAACAAACUCUGCAAAUUUUUGCACAAAUUUCACAACCAAACCAUUGAAGAACAAAUCCCAUAAAAAGAAAAAAUGCAAAUGUGAAGAUGAUCACUCCAUUUCAGAGCAGACUCUUGUGAGUCGUGUCAUGACAAAUAGUAAUUGACUUGCUGCUGAAUGCAAGUAUGAGAAUUUGAAGAUCCAUUUAGAAAAAACCCUUUGAUUUCCCUCAAACAAGUUCAAAUUUUGUUGGGUUUUCCAAAGAUUUGAGAAUGUUCAGCAAAUGGGUUUAUUGAACAUAAUUGGCAUUCAUUAUUAAAGUUGGUUUUCUGAUUGGAUAGUAAGCUUGAGAUUAAGAUAUGGAUCACUUAGGAGAAUUAGCAACAAUUGCUCAAUUAACUGGGCUUGAUGCUGGGAAAUUAAUUGGAUUAAUAGUGCAAGCAGCCAAUACAGCCAGAAUGCAUAAGAAGAAUUGCAGGCAAUUAGCUAAUCACUUGAAGCUGAUUGGCAAUUUGCUAGAGCAAUUAAAGAUCUCAGAGCUCAAGAGGUACCCAGAAACUCGGGAACCUCUUGAGCAGCUUGAGGAUGCUCUUAGGAGGUCUUAUAUUUUGGUCCAUAGUUGUCAAGAUAAAAGCUAUCUUUACUUGCUUGCAAUGGGGUGGAACAUUGUUUAUCAAUUUAGGAAGGCUCAGAACGAGAUCGAUCGUUAUUUGAAGCUCGUACCACUUAUCACGCUCGUUGAUAAUGCCAGAGUUAGGGAAAAGCUGGAAGUCAUUGAAAUGGAUCAACGUGAAUAUACUCUAGAUGAAGAGGACCAGAAAGUGCAGCAAGUGAUUCUGAAACCUGAUCCUUGUGAAACUGAUACUGUGGUGCUAAAAAAGACUCUUUCUUGUUCAUACCCAAAGUGUUCCUUUGAUGAAGCACUUAGAAAAGAGAAUGAAAAGCUUCGUAUGGAACUCCAACGUUCACAGGCUAAUUUGGAUGUCAAUCAGUGUGAAGUCAUCCAGCGCUUGCUUGAUGUGACUCAGACUGCAGCCGCUGUCUGUGAAACAGAAAAGAGCGCAUCUGUGAAAAGCUCAAGUACAACCCAGCCUUCUUAUACUGAUGUAAAAUACUCAUAUGAUGAAAGUUCACCCAAGAAAAGUAAUAUGUCCAGGACUACCUCUACAGUUUCUUCGGGGCGGGAUCUAUUGUCAAAGCAAGGAUCAUAUCACCAUGAUGAGUGGCAUACUGAUUUGCUGGACUGUUGUUCAGAACCUUGUCUCUGUCUAAAGACUCUCUUCUGUCCUUGUGGUACAUUGGCAAAAAUCUCGACUGUGGCAAACAAUAAACACAUGUCUUCUGCUGAAACCUGUAACGACUUGGUGGCCUAUUCCUUGAUACUCUCUUGCUGUUGCUAUACAUGUUGCAUCAGGGGAAAGCUGCGCAAGAUGCUGAACAUUAAUGGAGGCGCAUUUGACGACUUCCUUUCUCAUUUCAUGUGUUGUUGCUGUGCCCUUGUUCAAGAAUGGCGUGAAGUUGAGAUUCGUGGAGUUUCUGGUCAUGGAAAGACGAAGACAAGCCCCCCGACUUCUCAAUUCAUGGAAAUGUGAAAUGCAGGUGCCUGGUGGUAGCCUGAAGUACAUGCAGGUGUAGUCUGAUACAGAGGUGAAUUGGUCAUAUACCUCUGUUAUAUAUAGGUAUAUAUGUACUUACAAGCACUACAUGACCUUGAAUUACUUUGUGUAAAGUUCAAUUUGCUCCAACUUAAUUGUGAUGAUAUGAACAAACUUGUCUCAGUUACAAUGUGGAAAAUAGAGUUACACUAUGAUUCAAUUCCUUC